CGAUAGCAUGAUGACAUCUAAGCACUUUCUUAUGUGUGUUAUAUUAGAGGUGGGAUUCUUCUUCCAAGUCGAAUGCGUGCCAAUGGAGUGUUAUAAGUGUCAAAGUGUAGAAGAUCAGACACUUUGUAAUACAGUUAUUCAAUGCCAAACGGGACAGUCUUGCUACGUGAAAACGAUUCAGUCUUCACCUACAGUUUUGUUCGAGAUGGGAUGCGAAAACAAUCAGCGUUGUAGCACGGGUUCCCCGGCAUCGUCGAUCGUCGGUAAACGCCAGACAGCUGCCUCAUAUUCCUGCCAUGAAUGUUGUUCAGCAAGCGACCUUUGUAACGACGGACUGUGUGCCCACAGGAAACGUGCAUGCGUAGAUUCUGAAACUAUUGACUGCGCCCUAAUGCAUUCAGUUUUCAACGUUUGUGCUGAUAUCGAUCAUGCGAAAACCUUCUGUCCAAAGUUUUGUGGGCUCUGUGAACAUGGUCAGACCACUACGACACCGACUUCAACUAAGCCGACUCCAACUACGCCGACUCCGACUACGCCGACUCCAACUACGCCGACUCCGACUACGUCGAAUCCAACUGCGCCGACUCCAACUACGCCAACCAUAACUUCAGUGCCCCUGCGUGUGAUUGUGUGUGAGAAUAAUAAUGGUCAAUUGCAUUGUCCAGCGGACAAGAAAAUACAAAUAAUCUAUGUCAACUAUGGACGAACACAAGAUGCAUCAGUAUGCCCAUAUUUUGAUCCCUUAGCAACCAUUAACCAUAAUUGCUCGGAUAAAGGGGCCUUCGACAUCAUUAACGGCGCUUGCAACGAUAGACAGCAAUGCAGCUUGAGCACCUUCUGGUUUGGGGAUCCUUGUCCUCAUACGUACAAGUACCUCGAGGUCGAAUUCAUUUGUGUUGGUCCCUGAAUUACUGAACUACGGAGCAACAUCGACAUAGCAAAAGUCAGAUACUGUUUUGCUAUGAGUGGUUUUAUUUCAAUAAUUAUUCCAUUGGUGUAGGUAACGAAUUGCGAUGUUACUUAAAGAGUUGAAUAAAUAUUGUAUCAGUGUA